AUGAAGCUAACUGCACUGCCUAUAGGGCUGAUCGUCAAAGUUGGAAAAGCCUUGCGUACCGUCGAUGGCGCCUCGUUCGAAUACCAGCAACUCGACAUUGAGCUCCAAGGUCUCAAGAGGACGCUUGAGACUAUCCAGACUCUUCAGCCUACUGAGGAUAAUAUUUCCCAUCUCGAUGCAAUCCGUUGCUUAGCCCUGACGUGCCAAAUACCUCUCAAUGCGUUUCUCCAGCGCCUCCAAAAGUUUGAGCAGAGAUUAGGCCCCUUUGCAAAGCGCUCUGCUCUUGGAGGGACUAUCCGAAAGUCGCAAUGGGCUCUUCAGAUGGGACAGGAAGUGCAGAAGCUCCGAGCCAUGAUAUCAGCGAAAGUUCUCAGUCUGAAUUUGCUUCUUUCAGUCCAAAAUGCCGAGAAUUUAGGCAGAGUCGCAGCACAGACGAACGAAGGACUUCCCAAGUUGUUCUCCAAACUCGAGUCCAUGUCAGUCGAGCAGACUCGUAUCAGCAGCUCGGUCGUCAGCCAGACGGACACGCUGCAGCAAGUGGGUGACGGCCAGAGGAAGCUUCAGACAAGCUUCGAUGACAAUACGCAACAAAUAGUGUCGAAGUUAGACGAGGCCGACAAAAGGGACAGAUCGUUAUCUCAUGCCAUGACCAGCCUCACGCAGAACUGGGCCAAGGUCCUAGCAACAUUCAGUAGUCUGCCUCACGAAUUCCGCGACAUGUUACGGAGGAUCACGGCUUCUCAUUUCGAAAUGUACGGCAUGCUUCGGACGGUACAGGAUCAUCUCAGCCGUACUCCUUGCCUCCACACGCAGGACAGCAUCCUGUUUGAGGACGUUCUAGGACGAUCGAAACUGUUGCCCUACGAGUACUUUCAGCAUUUCGACAUGGUGGAUAGGUUUCUACGCCAUCAAUUCGAAGGAUUCCCAGGUGAAGACCACAUUGGGAAAGGAGCCUAUGUUCUGCUGGAUAUGCAACGGGGAGGCAGCGAAAUUGUGCCUGCCCAGUGGAGGAAUACCGUCUUUCCGGGGGCAACGGUGCAAAUGUCUAUACUUCUUGAAGAGCUUUAUUCUACCAGAGGGAGUGAUUCUGAGGCUAUUUGCCCAAGGUCUGACUGCCCAGGGUUUUUGAGCACCCUCGGUACGGGCCGCUUGCGUUGCAGCAACAUCUGCGUGUUUGAAAUUGCCAAUGUCAACGAGGGAAUGGGUGAAGUUGGAAGUUCCCAUUAUGAGUAUCAGUAUGAAGGAGGCGGGACAGUCGAUGAGGACGCGGAAAUCGCAUUCGAUUCCCCAAUGCUCCAGAAGCAGCGGAUCGAGAUACAAGUUUUCAAAAGGGUUCACGUACGCAAAGCCGGCAUUCGCACAGCACGAGUCUUUGUCUAUCUCGAUUUUUCAAUUGUGGGAAUGCCAGCAUCUCUAACCGAGAAGUUCUAUGUGGUGGAACGAAUAACCAAGCCAAUGUCAGGCUUCCCAGGGCCUCUCACGCUGCGUACUCUGCCAACACCUCUCUUUACAAGUCGAGACCUAGUACUAGAUUUCGACACUCUUUUCCCUCCCUAGGCCUCUUCCACAGGGGCCGGUUUGAGGCAACUCACGACAACGACCGAGCAGUGG